CGGCUAUAAUCAUAUUUAAUCCCAAUCGUCCAAACCUUAUAGAUAGUCAUCUCAUUAAAGUGGAACGGCAGAUUUAUAUGAACCUACUUCACCGCUAUUUAAUAUUGAGAUACCGAUGCGAUUGCGAAUCAAAGUCGAAAUUCUUGCGGAUAAUGAAUGCAUUAAUAGAUUUACAUAACGUUAAGGAGGCCCAUAAACACAACUAUUGGCGAAAGGACCCCAAACUGGUGUUACCGCUGCUUCGGGAGGUUUUCGACAUGCACCCUCAUGUCAAUCACCACUAUUUAUAAAUGCA